AUGCAAUCAGAGCCAAUGUUUGAGAGUAUCACCAUAUCUCAACAUUGCUCUUUAAAUCUGGCCAUGUUGAAAAGUACUUUCUGGAAUAUAAAUAUCUCUCCUGGAGUCUACCUCUUUGUUGCCAAAAAAAGAGCAGAAGAAGAAGUUACACUUCUGAAGUGUGAUGCCUUCUGGCUCCAACAUUGUGCAGUAAAGGAGAGAUACUUUUUUCUUCUGGAAUCCUCAUCCUCUCCCUCCUCUGUUCCUUCAGCCUCCUCCUCCUCCAUUCCUUUUGCCUCCUCCUCCUGCAUUCCUUAUGUCCUCUCAUUCAUCUCUUCUUCUUCACUUAUUGUUGAAGACAUUAACUUCCCCAAUGAUGGAGAAGUCAGCAUUACUUUUGUUGUGGAAGGUGAUGAUGACGAUGACAAUGACAAUGAUGACAAUGAUGACAACAAUGAUGAUGCUAAUGAAAACGAAUAA